AUGCUUACCGAUACUGGAACUCUCAACAUGCGCAACGUUCUGCACCAAAUAUAUGUAAAUCUCUGGGUCGAAUACGUGGUGAAGAAUCCUAUAUGUCCUGUGGAGCAUCCAGGGGGUGAGGGAGUCGCAAACGAGAAAUUUGAGAUGGGUCUGGAAACCUUUGUGAAAGGGUUCGUUUAG